GGCCACGAUUGUGUUUUAUGACCAUUCUUAAAAACAAACAAGAUUUUAUGGGGAUUUUACCAUUUCAUCGUCAACUGGAAAGCUGGAAGGCAGACACAGUCCUGUACAACAAAUGGUUAUUGUUAUACAACUCAUCUGAGUUUACAAUGAGUCCAGCAUUUUACAUGGUUUUAAUGGUUACUAUGGUGAUGUAUGAGUCCCCUGCAACUGCAGUUGAAGUUACAGCAAUGGUAUCAUGUGCGAAUGACCGUUUCACUAUCCGUGUGGACUCAGAUAGUCUUAAAAUUGGAAAAGUGUAUGUGGAAGGACACGAAGAUACCUGCAAGAAUGAGAAUCCCCCAACUAACAAUAUUGGAAUAUUCAUACUGAUGCUAAGUGAUAAAGGUUCGGAUUGUGGAGUAAAAGAAGACCCGAAUACAGGCAAAUAUAAAGUGACGAUCAGGAGUGAAAGUUACAUGGAAGACCCAAAUGGACAACUUACAUUCUUAAACCCACAAGUGGACAAAAGAUGGACAAUUGUUUGUGACUUUAAGGGUCUGAAAGAUGGAGUUGUGAAUGUGAUCUCUACAAACCAAUUCAAAGUGUCUGGUGAUAUCAUUAUUGAAAAUGAUGAGAUUGUUCAACCAAAUGAGACUGUUGUACUAGAGGUCCUUAAGGAGGCAACAGGUGAAGUGACCACACAAGGAGAGACUCUAACCAUAGGCACACCUGUCAAGCUGAGGAUCACACUCACUCCUAGUGAAACUGCCAAAGGAAUUCAACCAAAAGCACGAUGCCAUAUGACAGAUGGAACUACAAAUCAAAAAUAUAUGCUCACAACUUCAGAAGGGUGUCCAGUUCCCAGCAAUAUGCUUUUCAAGGCUCCCUGGUCUAUACACAAUUACACAGCAUUAACGUCUCCAUCAUUCCAAUUACCAAAGUUUACAUCAAGCGAAAACUUGGUGUUCAUAUGUCAUGUUCAAUACUGCCCUAUGGCAGGUGAGGCAGAAUGCCAGAAUGCAGAAAAUUGUGGGUUGCCGACGAGGAAACGAAGGGAGGCAAAAAACAUUACAAAAACGCCAACCAAAUCUGACAGCAUCUACACAAGAAUCCGAGUCACAAAUGGAGAAUCUGGUCUGAUUUUAUGUCAUCCGCCAUGUGACUGCUUCAAGAAAAUAGAUGUCAUUGCAAGUCUCGCAAUUCUAGGCUCAUUACUUCUCUUAACAACAGCCUUGUGUCUGGCCUGCUCUUUAAGAUACAGGGCAAUUAAUACAGUUCAAGGACAGGAAAACCACCACAAACCAUAUGAAACAAUGAAAAAAGGUGGAAAGGUUGACAGAAGAUUUCAAACAGGGUCAGAAGAUGGAAGAUCACGAAGAUCAUCAACUCCAACUCAUCAAAGCUAUGCAAGAAAUUCAGAAGAUCAAAUAUACAAUAAUGGUAGAGGACACGUCAGAUAUUAAGGAACAGGCCAAAAUUCUGAUACUGUCCCAAAUGAAAUUUUAGUUCAGACAUUCCAAAAAAUGAAAUUGAACAUUUUGUUAGUUGAAUAGAAAUCAGCCAUUGAAACAGUUCUAGCAUCUUAUUCCGAAGAAUGGGAAGCCAAAAAUGAUGUCUUAAACAGUUCUCAUUUUCUGUAAGUUAACUACAUUCUAGCGUCAGUGGAUUGGCCAGCAAUAGAUACAAGAAAAUACUUCUUGUAAGCUUGGCAUAUUAAAAAGAUUCAUAGGAUUAAACAAAUAAAAAGAGUAUGAAAAUGGUAUUGACCCGAAAUGGUAUCAUGGCAUAACCUGAUAACAUCAAAUAUUAAACUAUUUUAUAAAAUAAAGUAAUAUUAUUGGUGUAUCUUAGUCCAAAGAAGUAUUUUCUUCUGCACAUCCCCUUUAAGUUCUAAUGAAUUAGGACAUAUCUACAUUUCAAAUCUUCAAAAAAUGUUAUCAUAUGUUUCAUCAGAUAUCUUUUUAUUCAGAAAAUAGAAUCUAAGCAAAACAUUGGCACUAUUUUUGAAAAUAUUGCAUUCAACAUUUUACACUCUCUGUCCCCUUUUCAUUUCAAUACUCAAGAACAAAUGCUUACAUACCAUGGUACAAUCUAUGUACUAUAGUUGUAUCUAUUGUAAAUAAUGCCACGCUUUUAUCUUCACAAAAUCACUGUGAUAUUUUACACCAUUUAUGAUUUACCCUGUCAAGUCUAACUACUAUAUGAGAAACUAUUUAGCA